AGGCAACGUCAGCGUGCACAGCUCCGAGACCGGCUGCUUCAUCAAGAGACUGACGCCCCACAGGAAGGAGAUCUCCGGCAUGGUGUACUGCCCCGGGGACAAGAACCUUAUCACAGUCUCCUGGGACCGUUCGAUCAUGGUCCAUGACGAGUCGGAGCAGGCACCGAAUGUGUGGCGACAGGCGACUUCCAUCCACGAGGGAGAUGUCUCGUGCAUGGCCUACAGCCAGCACCUGGGCCUGAUCGCCACGGGGUCCUCGGACUGCGUCAUCGCGGUCCGGGACUACGCGCGGCUGCGAGGCCACGCCUACCUCCUGGGCCACAAGUGCCACGUCAACUGCCUGGCCUUCGUGGAGCCCUUCAGCCUCCUGGCAUCGGCCGACGUGGGCGGCAACGUGGCGAUUUGGGCCGUGCCCGAGCUCGGCACCAGCCAGAACACCUGCGUGACGCAGGUGCUCACGCGCUUCGUCAACAUGCAGACCCUCGAGAGCUCCGCCUCCGUGCAGUGCCUGUGCCCCGUGUACGAGGCGGAGCCGCAGAAGCUCGCCCUGUAUACCGGAGACGAGGACGGCGACGUGCGGGUGUGGGACCUGUCUCAGCUGCUGGAGGACGCCAAGCUCACGCCAGCCGCCGCGCGUGCUGCUGGCAUGGACCACCGGCGAAAGGACCAGAUCGACGCCUCGCAGAACACCGCGGCGAUGGCGCGGAAGGCGGUCUCGCCAGACGUGCCCGAGCUGCAGAUCGGCAUUAGCCGGCCGGUGGUGCGGCAGGAGACAUCCUGGAAGGCCCACAACGAUAGCGUGCGCUCCUUGGAGGUGUCUCGUGGGAGGGGCCUGAUGGAUUGCCGGGUAGUGGUCCGCACGCAUGCCGUCCAGUAUCGCGUCUGACGAGCGGACUUCGACGGUGCGGUUUCUUCUCAUGCCAGGAUUGUUGUCUGCGGUUUUGGGGCUAACAUCGUGCCUCAGAGCCCGAACAUCGUAAAAAACCGUCCUCUCGAUUUGUCGCGAUGUCUCUUCCCCCUCCACUUCCCUCCCUCCUCCAGUAUAUAUCCUUCCCUCCAUCCAUUCCUCCUCCCUGUUCCUUUUUUGCUACGCUUCUUCCUGAUCCUCCUGCCAAUCAUUCCCGAUAUUCUCAUCGUCGUGCGCCCUCUCCUCCCACGCCCUAGCUGUGCCCCGACCUGGCUCAGCGCCAAGGCGUGUUUGACCGCGAGGCCGUACCUACGAGCAGAAUCUGUCGAUGCGUGUUUGGUCCCGUGCAGUAACUUCAACGAACAGAAACGCUCGGUCCAUAAGGCGACGGUAGGAUCAUCACUCUGUUGUUCCUGAGACGGCCUCUGCCCGCUGCUCUCCUGGCCCUGCUCGUCCUGCUCGUGUAGCUUCUGAUCCUCAUUGUCACUCGUGUUCGUUCUGCGUCCCUUCCUCC